AUGUGCCCACAUAGUGAGUUUGAGACGCCUAUAAGUAGAAAGAAAUUUUAUCAUUUAGAGACAGUUGACGUACAUAAUACUCGAGUCUUGUUCAAGGAGUGUCUUGAUUGGCACGCAUCAAGUAAGUUAUGAUGUCUUACAUCGAAGGACGCGCUAGCCUGUUCCAGGCGUUUUUUCUUUACUUCGCACCGCUCUCCACUAUCUGAACGCUUGGAACAGGCUAAGGACGCGCAAAAUCCCCACUCGGGGAGUCGACAGCAAUUUGCAGAAGCGGCACUCAACUCAAGUUGGCUGUUGUUAGCAAGGAGAUCCGGCCCUGACUGCUAACAGGAGGGGAUUACUACUGCACACCAAGAGGGCCUGGCGACUAAUCACCGUUACGUUGCCUCGAUCUCGUGCAUGCACGUGCAUCGUAGCUGAGCAGCCGCGCAUGUGAUUCAUUUUAUUUUCAAGUUUCUUGAUUACAACGCAUGGAUCGUUCAUUGACAGCGCUUGGCUUUUUUCAACUCUAAAC